CGGUGUAAGACAAGUUUUAGUGUUGGCAAGUGAGCCCAGGAGCACCGUGAGGCCUGUCCUGCAGGGCUCAAGGUGGACUAGACUCUGCUCACAGGAGGGAUGUUUUGUGCCUAGGGAUGGCAAGGGCAGUGGGAGAGAGGAGGUUCCCCAUCCUUGGGAAUGUGGUGAAUGCAUGGUAUCCACUGCUCUUUGCUCUCUAAAGUCUGUCCAGUUAAUAAAUGAGCCCUGAGCAGCCAGAGAUUGGCAGGGUCACCAUUGUGGUUGCUGGCACAGCCACCUCUGCCCUGUGACAAAAACACAAGCAUCCCCUGCCUGUGCUCCCUUGGGAGCCUUCCUAGCCCAAGUGGACAGCUCUUGCUCCUGGCAUUCUUGUCCAGUGGCAAGGCUCUCUGCCCCUUUCCUAAGAGCCUGGGGGAUGUGAUGUAGAAGCCCAUCAGAGACACUUCUGGUAUGGGCACAGUUUCCCCAGAGGGGUAUGGCAGGACCUGCUGGGUGCUGUGCUGCAUUUAACAGACUUCUUGGGGCCUGAGGGUGAGGAACAGCUGGAUUGGGAGGGCAGGGGAGGAAUGAGGGCAGGGCACACUGGAGCUGGAGGAUGCUGCCCUUGGGGAUGCUUCGAGCACAUGAAGGAAGGGGUGUCUGUGUGGUGGCCAAGUCCCUGUACCACAAGAGGCAGGGAUGGGACCUGGACUGUGGGCAGUUGGCACGGAAACAGUGUCUGGUGUCCUGGCCAUGGGUGGCUGUCACCUGGCUCUUGCAGUGACAACCCAGGGUGACACUCACAUUCCUGGCUGCAAGGGCAGGUUACUUACCAACUCAGGUUAAUGGCUAACCCUGCAGAAGGUGGAAGUUCAGCUGUGUGUGGGCUGUGAGGAGCCCUUGGGGUGGGAGCCUGCCCAGCCCCUCAGCACUGCAAACCAGGAGCGGUGUGGGGAGACAGCAGCAUGAAUGGGGGCUGCAGCAGAGCCCCUGGUGCUGGGAGCCCUGCACGUGCAUCCUGUUUCCCACAGAAGAUGUGCUCCUGGAUGCUAAACUGUUGCUUAGCCCUUCAGCACCUGGUUGUGCAGGCCUCCUCGAUGUGCAUCUUCCACCUCCUCCUGCUGCCCACCCUGCCUGAGGAAACAACCCGUGACCAGGCCACCAUCGAGCUGCUGGCAUGCAGCCUCUUUGCCUGUGGCAUCUCCACAGUGCUGCAGACCACCCUGGGAAGCCGGCUGCCGCUGGUUCAAAUCCCAUCCUUCGAGUACCUGGUUCCUGCCAUGGUGCUGAGCUCCCACCUCUCCCGUGGUGCCAGCAUGGAUAGGAAUGGAACGGCUGUGGCCAGUGCAUGUCCUGCUCCGCGCUGCCCUGUGACAGGGAGCCAGGCCGCCUUGCUGCAAGAGGUCUCUGGAGCUGUGCUGGUCUCUGGGCUGGUUCAGCUGGCGCUGGGAGUGUCCGGUGUGUGUGGGUGGGCAGUCCAGCACUGCAGGCCCAUGGUCCUGGCCCCCAGCCUCUCCAUCAUUGGGCUGUCUGCAUACAAGGAGGCUGCUUUCUUCUGCUCCACUAACUGGGGAGUAGCACUGCUGUUUAUGCUUCUUGCUGUCACAUUCUCUCAGCACCUGGGGUCCUGCCGCCUGCCCUUCUGUGCCUGGUCCCAGGCCUGGGGGGGCUCUGUGGAGACAUCUGUCCUCACCCUGCGCACAUUCUCGGUACUGUUCCCAUUUACUGUUGUCUGCAUCAUCUGUGCCGUCCUCCGCCACCUCCACAUCCCCUGGGAAUCACUGGACCUGGCCACCACACAGCUGUCCUGGGCCAACAGCACCUUCCACGCCCCUUGGCUCCGCAUCCCCUACGCAGGCAAGUGGGGGUGGCCACUGCUCACCCCCCGGGCGCUGGCGGUGGGCAUCGCCAUGGCCAUCGGUUGCAGCAUCAACUCAGUGAGCUGCUACGUGCUGUGUGGGAGGCUGCUGCGAGCCCCCCGGCUGCCCCCCCACGCCUGCAACCGGGGGCUCUGCAUGGAAGGGCUGGGCAGCCUGCUGGCAGGGCUGCUGGGCACCCCGGGGGGCACAGCUGCCAGCGUCGCCAACACCUGUGCCACCGGCUUCACACAGGCUGGCUCCCGUUUCCCAGUGCAAAUAAGUGCACUGGCAUGUGUGGUGCUGGGCAUGUCCCCAAGGCUGGCAGGGCUCCUUACCUGCAUCCCGCUGGUGGUUCACGGGGGGGUGCUCUGCAUCACCUAUGCUGUAGCCGUGGGCACAGGGAUCUCCUACUUCCAGUAUGCUGACAUCGACUCAGGGAGGAACAUUUUCAUCGUUGGCUUCACCAUGUUCAUGGCGCUGCUGGUGCCGCGGUGGCUCAGCAUGGCUCCGGCUCACCUGGCCACAGGCUGGGUGCCCCUGGACCUCCUCCUCCUCUCCCUGCUCAUGAUGCCUGUCUUCUUAACUGGCUUCUUGUCAUUUUUCCUGGAGAACACAGUCUCAGGAACUCUGGAGGAACGAGGGCUGCUCUCUGACCUGGAACUGUGGAAAGCUGGGGCAGGCAGCCACCACCCCCGUGGAGAGAGGUGUGAAGCCAGCCAGAUGUAUGGGCUCCCCACUGCCCUGAGGAGGCUGCUGCCAACCUCCUGCAAUGCUUUCCCCUGCUGCUUCCUCUGCCCAGAGAGUGAGGAGGAGGAGGAAGAGGAGGAUGAAGAAGAGGAGGGCAGCUGUACUAAUGAGGAGGGGACUGCUGCCCCAGGGGAAGGGACACACCUGCUCCCCAAACCUGGCUCAGGGGAGCAGCAGUGGGCCAGAAGGCCAAGUGAGACAGAGAUGCCUGCAUGGCACCCCGUGGCCUAACCCCGCAGUGUGGGGACAUCUCAAGGGGACUGGGGCUGUGCCUCUAAGGCAGCUUGCAAACCACUUUGCUCCUUGUUUCUGAAGCUCAUAUGGACUGGAAGGACUUGUGCUUCCUCACUCCCAGCAAAACCUCAUUUCUCCCCUCAGGAGCAAGCUAUAAAAACCUUCAGCCACCUUUA